CCAGGGUGACACACAACAGGACAGCACCACAGUCUGGUCACUCACUGUCACUUUUUCCCUGAAGAAUGUUUGUUGAACAGAGGGGCGCGUCUCGCUGACUAGUCACUCGGGCAUUGAAGUGACAGAGGCAGGAGGGGCGUAACAGGGCCUCCCUCGACCCUGCCGCUAGCGAAGACAAAAAACCCCACCUGCAGAAAUACUGUAACUCCACGACCUCCCUGACGCGUCUAAAGUUCCACAGCAACCAUGGAAACUUGGAUUAUGCUGCAUCUGCUGCUCUUUUAUAUUAGAGAGAGCCUGUUUAAGAGACACCAUCACGAGGCACCGCCCUACAUCCCCUACAGUUACCAGAAGCAGCGAUUGGAGGUUGAGAGAAGAAUAAGGAAGUUCAACGAGCCUGACAAGCCUGAAGUUCCAGAGGAGCAGGUCCAGAAAUAUCUGCAGGAGUUUGCUGAUGCCAAGGAGGCCGGUCGCUUUGCACACCUUCCCCCAGAGCAACUUGAGGUACUAGAGGAGGAGGUGAAGGCAGCAGCGUCCGACUCUGAGAAAGCAAAAGACCUUGAGGAGUUCCUGAGGGUUGUUAAGGAAGAGGCACAAGCCAAGAGCUCAGAACCCCCAACAGAGGAAGGAGACGAGCCUGUGCCACAGCAGGAGGCUCCUGAGGCAACACCACCUGCUCCUGAAGAGGCUAUCCCCCCACCCCCGGCACUCCCUGCUGACCCGUGGCAGGCAUAUCAAAGCUACAUGGCGACAAUGGAGUCCCAAAUCACGAUGGGGCAGGAGGGCCAGCUCAUCGAGAGGGGCAUGCACAAGGGCAAGGGCAUCGCCGUCUUCACCAGCGGCGGUGACUCUCAGGGCAUGAACUCUGCAGUGAGGGCAGUGGUUCGCAUGGGCCUGUACGUGGGUGCCCGGGUGUACUUCAUCAAGGAGGGCUACCAGGGCAUGGUGGACGGUGGAGACAACAUUGUGGAGGCCAACUGGUCAUCUGUGUCUGGCAUCAUCCACAAGGGAGGCACUGUGAUUGGCUCGGCCCGCUGCAUGGAGUUUCGUGAGCGUGAGGGAAGGAUGAGGGCAGCCAAGAACCUGAUCAAGCACGGCAUCACUAACCUGGUGGUGAUUGGUGGUGACGGCUCCCUCACUGGUGCCAACCUCUUUCGGCAGGACUGGACCUCCCUCCUGCAGCUCCUUGUCAAAAACGGAGAGAUCACAGAAGAGGAGUGCAAGGCCAACGCUCACCUCAACAUCGUGGGCAUGGUCGGCUCCAUUGACAACGACUUCUGUGGCACUGACAUGACCAUCGGCACUGACUCAGCUCUGCACCGCAUCAUCGAGGCAGUGGAUGCCAUUGCUGCCACUGCCUACUCCCACCAGCGCUGCUUCAUCCUGGAGGUCAUGGGACGCCACUGUGGGUACCUCGCCCUCGUGGCCGCCCUCACCUCAGAGGCUGACUAUGUUUUCAUUCCGGAGAACCCACCACCGGAGAACUGGAGCGAGAAGAUCUGUAAUAAGCUGAAACAGGAGCGCUCAAUGGGCCAGCGCCUCAACAUCAUCUUGGUGGCUGAGGGUGCCAUCGACCAGCACGGCCAGGCAAUCACGGCCGAGGCGGUGAAGAAGGUCAUCGUGGACCAGCUUGGCUUUGACACGCGCAUCACUGUCCUGGGUCACGUGCAGCGAGGUGGCUCCCCCUCAGCCUUUGACCGCCUCCUGGGUUGCCGCAUGGGUGCCGAGGCCGUGUUGGCCCUGAUGGAGGCCAACACGGCGACAGAACCCUGCGUCAUCUCCCUUGAUGGCAACCAGGCAGUGCGUGUGCCGCUCAUGGGCUGCGUGCUCAAGACUCAGGCUGUUGCUCGGGCCAUGAAGGAACGAAACUGGGACCAAGCCGUGCAGAUGCGAGGGAGGAGUUUUGCCCGCAACUUGGAGACCUACAAGAUGUUGACCCGCCUGCGACCCCCAAAGGUCAUCGAGGGAGGCAAGGCUGCAAUGAUCAGGCAAAACACUAUUUGGGACAGAGAUGAACUCUUGGGUGGCUUCAACCUGGGCGUGAUGCACAUUGGCGCGCCAGCCUGUGGAAUGAACGCUGCUGUGCGCUCCUUCGUCAGGAACUGCAUCUACCGUGGUGACACAGUCUAUGGCAUCCAUGACGGCAUUGAUGGUCUUGUGGAGGGCAAUGUUCAGGAGAUGACGUGGGCGGAGGUGACAGGCUGGGUGGGUCAGGGUGGUGCUUUCCUCGGCACCAAACGCACUCUGCCAGACAAACACUUUGAGCAGGUUGCUGCCCGCUUGAGGGAGUACAAGCUUCACUCGCUGCUCAUCAUUGGUGGAUUCGAGGCUUACCAUGCCCUGCAGCAGAUGUGUGAGGCGCGAAGCAAGUACCCUGAGUUCUGCAUCCCCAUGGUGGUGAUCCCAGCCACCAUCAGUAACAAUGUGCCUGGCAGCGACUUCAGCCUGGGGUGUGACACAGCACUUAAUGAGAUCACAGAGAUUUGUGACCGUAUCCGCCAGUCAGCACAGGGCACCAAGCGUCGAGUGUUUGUGGUGGAGACGAUGGGUGGCUACUGUGGCUACUUGGCAACACUGGCAGGUCUGGCUGGUGGAGCUGAUGCCGCUUAUAUCUAUGAGGAAAAGUUUGGCAUCCAGGAGCUGCAGCUGGACGUGUACCACAUGGCAGCCAAGAUGGCGGAGGGUGUGCAGCGCGGCCUGGUGCUCAGGAAUGAGAAUGCCAAUGAAAACUACACCACUGACUUCAUUUUCCGUGUGUACUCCGAGGAGGGCAAGGGAAUCUUCAGCUGCAGGAAGAAUGUGCUUGGCCACAUGCAGCAGGGUGGUUCACCAUCUGUAUUUGACCGCAACAUGGGCACCAAGAUGGCAGCCAAGGCAGUCACAUGGCUCACUGACCAGAUGUUGGCUCACCGCCGUGAGGACGGGACAGUGUUCUGUGAGGCGACUUCCACUGCCGUGCUGCUCGGCCUUCAGAAGCGCUCCUACAUGUUCCAGCCUGUGAUCGACCUCAAGGAACGCACAGACUGGGAGCGCCGCAUCCCCAAGGAGCAGUGGUGGCUCAAGCUGAGGUCUCUCCUGCGUAUCUUGGCCAAGCAUGAAGCUGCCUACCAUGAGGAGGGUAUUGUUGUCAAGGAGGUGGAGGAAGCACUCGACUAGAAUUUCUCCAUACCAAACAAAUCUCCACUGGUGAUGUGGGUCUGAGUGCAGCAGUGUUUCAUCUCUACCUGACUUUCCUUCACAGUAGUCACAUUUCUUAUGGUCCAUCUCAUCCCAGCCUGGUCUCUGAUGGGUCACAUUGCUUGUUAUUGAAAAUUAGUCACUAGACUUAUCAGGCUUUUUGUUAUCUCUAGAAAUUUAUGAAAAUUUUACAUGUUGCUUCAGCCUGCCAGAGCUUCUAAGCAUCAAAAGCCAUCGUGUUCUUGUAAUGUGUGUGUGUCAUGUCAAGUCACUGAAACUGUUCACUUACUGUACUUAGUCCCUGGAGAUCAGGUUGUGUUGUGUAAUUCUUUCAUUCAUGUUUUGAGUUCAAGAAGGGCACAAGAAGUCACAGACUGCCACUGUUGUUGAAGUCUCAUGUCACCCAUGGCAGGCCUCAUAAUGUACAUAGGAUUUUUAAUUAAUUAACUUGUGAAGUGAGGUGCUGGUGCUAGGUGAGAACUGCUGCUGCUGCUGCUGCUGCUGCUGGGCUCGCCUCAUGCAACACUGUGAAAUCUCCUUCCACUCUUGGUUGAGCAAUUUGGGCAUUAGAAGCAACUCCCUUUAUUUCUGUCAUGGACUUAUUAAUAGUAUUUAAGUUAUCCAAAAGACAUUAAGGAGAAAGAGGGUUGGAUGUAGAAAAGUUAUUGGUUGUGAUCUGCCAUAUUAACAAACCUGGAUGGCUGUAGUCUUGUGAGCCAAUAAGAGGAGUGUGUGGUAUGUGUCACCUCACAAUGGGUCGGUGACACAGUGAUGUGUUGUUGUAAACAGCAGAGCUUCCCUCUCCAUGGCUGGGAGGGAGAGGGGAUGAGACAGCAGCAGUGAUAGCAAAAAUUGAAAUGAGUUGUGUGGCUUCAGUGGUGUUUGUUCUGAAUACCUCUCUUGUAGCCUGUUUACCCUCUGCUAGUAGUGAUGUACUCAGCAAAGUGCAUCUCGCACCCAUCCUGCCUCUAGAAUCUAUAGGAAGCAUAUAAAAACUCACUGCCUUUGUUUGUCAUGGGAGAGAAUGCCUGAAAUGUCAAUUGCAUAGUUCAUUGUUGUCAAGUACACUUGUUAUCAGUUAUAUUUUUUCCCUUAAAUCUGUAACUCACUGUAAGACAUUUCAAAGGCCCUGUUACCUGAAUAGGCUUCUGAUAACAUGAUACAUUUCUGGUUGAGACAUCAUCUUAACUCAUGAAGCAAAUUUUUUUUUUUUUUUUUUUUUUUAUACAAGCUUAGGUAUUGUGUCACAGAAACAUAUUUUGUAGGGGCCUCAGGCAAGACUCUGUCACAAACACAGACAGCAAAUUAGUUCAUUAUCACACAUAUUUAUUUUGUAACUGAAGACUAUCAUGGACGGAACCCCUGUGAUGUAUCCUAAUUAUGAAAUUAUUUUAUCUAUAAUAUUGCCAGUCUGAUGAUUAGCAUAUUUAUACUACUCCUGCUGGACUGUCGGCUUACAAUGUUAGAACAUAGGUAAAACAGGAGCAGUUAUGAAUGCCACACAGGUGGUGGUGUGCUGCUGUUACUGCUUGAUUUGAAAGGUACACAUGUCUGUUAGUUUCUAAUGUCUGCUGUUUAUAUCUAUUUUUUUUCUGAAUGCCAAAGUUUAUCAUGUUUUUAGAUGUGUAAGAGGAGUGUAUUUCACUGGAGGGAGCAUUAGGGACUACUGACAUGUUCAAGUCAGCAUGUAGAGCAUCUAGUCAGGAGUUGCAUAAUGGAAAUAAGGGUUGCCAUGAGUUAGUGUUUAUACUGUAAUUGAACUCACAGUAUUGGAUCUCCCAUGGUAUACAAGUUUGUGUAUAUGUUACAGAGGAAGGUAAAUGAGCAUUCAGGAUUUCUAGGCAUAAAAAAAUAUUAUUCAGAUUUUACAUGCAAUGCAGUAACUCAUCACAGAUUUUAUCUUUUCUUUGAGAUUAGUUUUUGUUGAUCAGAGAAUGGUUGGAUCGUGCCAUAGCCCAGUAAUCCAAGUAGUACACACAGUAACCUUAAGCCGAAACUUGUAUCCAACACACAUCACCAUGAUGACAAGAUAGAUGUAAAGGAAAAAAAACUGUUCACUGAGAAUAGUUACAUAAAACAGGUAUUUCCUGAACUUUGCCAUACAUAUGUAUGUCCCUAGUGUGUUGACAGAAGACAAAUAAAUGAAAUUAUAUCUUUAA